AGAGGAGUGCGCGGCUGAAGAGAGAGGUGGGCAGCAGGCCCAACCACCUGCAUCAUGGCGAGGUGCCGCCACCACUCGGGCUACAUGGCCGACGACGAGGCCCGCCACUCCAUGUACAGUGCACGAGUGCAGCCACCCGAGAAGCCACUGGUCCCAGAAAUGGGGCCAGCCUCCAAGCUGGGCCAUGUGCCACACCCACCAUCCACAUGUGGCAACUCAGCGCUCCAGGGCCAACGCCGAAACAAGAGGCACCCUCAGCCCUUUGGCCACUUUCUGGAUUUCCUGACUGAGAGCCAGGUCCUGGACAGCUUGGAGACAGUGGUGGAGGAGGCAACUGAGCGCAUUACUGCCAUGAAGACGGAGGCUGGGGUGCCACUGGUGGAGGUGCAAGACCCAGUGGAGGUGCCAAGUGGUGGGCGGCGGGCCCGUGCCCGGCCCAGCCUCAGCACCGUGCACCGGCACCGUGCACAGCCAAGCCUCUGCACUGGACACCCCAACAACUACCCAUCCAGCUCCAGCUCUAUGUCCGACUCCCAUAGCAGCCUCAUGGCUGGCUGGCUGGGCCCCCAUGGCAGGGACAGUAACCUGGGGGCCCAAGGCUUGGGCUCAUUGCCACCUGUGAGGGACAAACUCCUGCUGGAGAAGAACCUCAGGCGGCUGCUACAGCUGGAGAGGAAAGGGAAAGGCCUCAAUCAGUCCUGCUCCCAUAGAAACUCCCUGCUGUGGGAUUCGCUGGGCAGCUGGACCAGCUGCCAGUGGACCCAGGAGCAGCCCCCAUCCUGGUUCUCAGGGCUGCUGGGCUCAAGCUCUGGCGUGCCUGAAGCAUCAAAGCUGAGGCCUGGAGAACGGGAGCGGAUCUUCCACAAGCAAGAGUUCCACAAGGAGCUGAAGUCGUUACUGAGCCAGCUGGAGUCCCUCAACCUGCCUGGCUACUGUCCACUCCGUGAGCCCCAUCACAUGCUGGACUUCCUGGCCGAGCACCGCCUCUUCCCCGCCCUGCAGAGCGUGGUCAGUCAGGCUGUGGACAAGCUCCGUGGUGCCUGCUGCGGUGACGGCCGCCCUCUGUUCCCCACCAGCUUGGAGCCCAACUCAGAGCUGCAGGGACAGGGCAAUCUGCAGCCUCCAGGCUCUGAGCCAGCCAAUCCCACCAACGCGGAACAGCCCCAUGCUUCCCCCUAUCCCACAGCCUCCAGCCCCAAGAUGCCUCACAGAAAACACAAGGACAGAGGAGGCUACCCCUCCAGGUCUAGUGCCCAGGUGGCCACCAGAUUCAAGCUCAAGAGCCCCAGCGGCAGCAGAUUCACAAAGAAGAAGCCACUGCCCUCCAUCUCGUCGAAGUCCAGCAUGUCCCACUUCUCCAACCGCUCUUACGAGGAGCUCGUUGACUUCCUCACCCAGCAGGCAGCCUCCCUGAUCAUCUGCAAGUAUCAGUUUGAAAAGGACCUCAAUAAGCAGCUGGGCUUCUUCUCCUUCCCUGUCACCCAAGUGCUCAGGGACCUUUCCCUGGGCUUAAAGAAGGUGAAAGACUCCCGCAUCCACCAGUCCUCAGAGACCCGUCUUAGCUGCCUGCUGCGUAAGCUAGAGGAGGCCAAAAGGGCCCGGCAGGACUUCCCGCUCAGCACCUCCCACCGCAGCCCAGAGACACCCUCUGUGCAGCAGGAGCUGGCCACCCACACCACCCAGGACCAGACCACAGAGCCCUGCCACUCUCUUUACACCAACUUGCCAGCCAGCCGACAGCUCAGCCCAUGGGAGCCCAGGCUCUCGGUGUCCGCCUGCACUGGCGUGGGUUCCAGUCCCCCCGGGUCCAAGGACUUGGACAGUGAGGGCCAUGAUGAGGUCAAGCUUGAAGAUGAAGAUGAGGAUGAGGAUGAGGAUGAGGAGCAGGAUGAGGACGGGGAUGAGGAUGGAGUCCAGAGCCUCCCAGAGCCUGGAGAGGAGGCCUCGGUCAGCCACCCUGUGGACCUGGGCCACAGUGACCCAUCUUGAGGUCCCCACUGGCCACUUGAUUCCCUGCUCUGUCAGAGUUGCUGCUCAUCACACCAGCCCCUGCCCCGAGCAGGAGUCAGCGUGGGCUGAAUGCCCACAAGGAGCUCCGCUGAGACUCUCAGGGGAGCCAGUGAAAGACACAGAAAUAAAGCCUGUGUUGCUGAGACACA